AUAGUUUGAUACUAGCACCUUCAAGAAGCUCCUUUUUCUGGAGAAUCCAAACCUAAAACGACUACAAGUACCAUAGCGACUGGUUGAAGAAACACUGAAACAACAAUUUCAUCAUUUUGAAAGAGAGAGAGAGAUGGAAAAAGCAUGUACAGUUGGAAUCGCCAUGGAUUACUCUCCAACCAGCAAGGCAGCCCUCCGUUGGGCUGCAGAAAAUCUGAUAGAUAGUGGAGAUAUGGUUGUGUUGAUCCAAGUUCAGCCACCCAAAGCUGAUCAUACUAGGAAGCAGCUUUUUGAAGCCACCGGAUCACCUUUAGUCCCUCUUGAAGAAUUCAGAGAGAUCAAUUAUUCGAAGCAGUAUGGCCUCUCUCGGGAUCCUGAGGUUCUUGAUUUUCUUGAUACUGUGUCCAGGACCAAAGGGGCUAAGGUGGUGGCAAAGGUUUACUGGGGAGAUCCAAGGGAGAAGUUGUGUGAUGCUGUGGAUGAUCUUAAGCUCGAUUCACUUGUCAUUGGAAGCAGAGGCUUAGGCCCUAUUAAAAGGGAAUUACUUGGAAGUGUGAGCAACUAUGUGGUGACAAAUGCUUCAUGCCCAGUUACUGUGGUUAAGGGUGCACAAUCAUCCAAGCCAUAAUACUAUUUUAAGUGACAAUCUCCAUGGCAGAGACAGAAUUAUGCAGAUUACUGCCAAAUCACUGCAUAUGCUGUGAGGUUCAUCAAUGUGCGUUUGGUACAGAUUUGGUCUAUUUAUUUCAUGAAAACUCUGGCAAUAUUAUGCUGCUAAUGUACACGAAAUGUUUAAACUAUUUUAUCAUUAAUUAAGGACUUGUCGUUGGCUAAA